AUGCGACGUACAAUUAAACAAAAUGGCGACCUAUUGCUUAACUGUCACCCGGCUUCAGCAUGCUCUGGGCCAGGGUGUGCGGCGGCUGCAUGUGUCUGCAGCCCUCGGUGCCAAGGCCAAGGUGACCAUGAGCCGCUUUGAGCCCAGCUCCCAUAUUAACUAUGACAAGCUCGUCUCCAACGUCAACAUCGUGCGCAAGAGGCUCAACCGGCCGCUCACCCUGUCGGAGAAGAUCGUGUACGGGCACCUGGACGACCCGGCGGGGCAGGAGAUCGCACGCGGGCGCACGUACCUGCGUCUGCGGCCGGACCGCGUGGCCAUGCAGGACGCCACGGCGCAGAUGGCCAUGCUGCAGUUCAUCAGCAGCGGCCUGCCCCGCGUGGCCGUGCCCUCCACCAUCCACUGCGACCACCUGAUCGAGGCCCAGACCGGCGGGGUCCAGGACCUGCAGAGGGCCAAGGAAGUGAAUCAUGAGGUAUAUAACUUCCUGUCUAGUGCUGGAGCAAAAUACGGAGUGGGGUUCUGGAAACCUGGCUCUGGGAUUAUCCAUCAGAUCAUCCUGGAGAACUACGCGUACCCGGGGGUCAUGCUGAUCGGCACAGACUCACACACGCCAAAUGGCGGGGGCCUGGGCUCCAUCUGCAUCGGCGUGGGCGGGGCCGACGCCGUGGACGUGAUGGCGGGAAUACCCUGGGAGCUGAAGUGUCCCAACGUGAUUGGAGUGAAGCUGACGGGCUCCCUCUCGGGGUGGACCUCCCCGAAGGACGUCAUCCUGAAGGUGGCUGGGAUUCUGACGGUGAAGGGGGGCACUGGGGCCAUCGUGGAGUACCACGGCCCCGGGGUGGACUCCAUCUCCUGCACCGGAAUGGCCACAAUCUGUAACAUGGGAGCUGAAAUCGGAGCCACCACCUCUGUAUUCCCGUACAACCACCGCAUGAGGACCUAUCUGCAGAAGACUGGCCGGGGGGAUAUCGCCGCCCUGGCUGACGAGUACCAGGACGUCCUGGUGCCUGACCCUGGCUGCGAGUACGACCAGGUCAUCGAGCUGAACCUGAGCGAGCUGAAGCCCCACAUUAACGGGCCCUUCACCCCUGACCUGGCUCACCCCGUGGCGGACAUCGGAGCAGUGGCUGAGAAGAAUGGCUGGCCCCUAGAGGUCAAAGUGGGUCUGAUUGGCAGCUGCACUAACUCCAGCUAUGAGGACAUGGGCCGGGCGGCCUCCCUGGCCCAGCAGGCCCUGGACCACGGGCUGAAGUGUAAGGCCCAGUUCACCGUCACGCCCGGGUCGGAGCAGAUCCGGGCCACCAUCGAGAGAGACGGCUACGCUAAGGUCCUGAGCGAUGUGGGAGGAGUGGUGCUGGCCAAUGCCUGUGGACCCUGCAUCGGACAGUGGGACAGGCGUGACGUGAAGAAGGGGGAGAAGAACACCAUCGUCACGUCUUUCAACAGAAACUUCACCGCCAGGAACGAUGCAAACCCAGCGACCCACGCCUUCGUCACGUCCCCAGAGAUUGUCACAGCCCUGGCCAUCGCCGGCUCCCUGAAAUUCAACCCGGAGACGGAUUACCUCACCGCCGCCGACGGAGAGAAGUUCAAACUGGAGCCGCCCACGGGGGACGAGCUUCCCGCGCGGGACUUCGACCCGGGACAGGACACCUACCAGCACCCGCCCGCCGACGGGGGCUCCCUACGCGUGGAUGUCAACCCCCAGAGCAACCGCCUGCAGCUGCUGGAGCCCUUCGACUCCUGGAGCGGGAGAGACCUGGAGGACCUGUUUGUCCUCAUCAAGGUGAAAGGUAAGUGCACCACAGACCACAUCAGCGCUGCCGGGCCCUGGCUCAAGUUCCGCGGUCACCUGGACAACAUCUCCAACAACCUGCUGAUCGGAGCGGUCAACCUGGAGAACGACGCGGUCAACAGCAUCCGCAACCAGCUGAGCGGGGAGUACGGGGGGGUGCCAGACGUGGCUCGCGAAUACAAAAGGCAGGGGGUGCAGUGGGUGGUCGUGGGGGAUGAGAACUACGGCGAGGGCUCCAGCAGAGAGCACGCCGCCCUGGAGCCCCGACACCUGGGGGGCCGAGCCAUCAUCGUCAAGAGCUUCGCCAGGAUCCACGAGACAAACCUGAAGAAGCAGGGACUGCUCCCCUUAACGUUCGCCGACCCCCAGGACUAUGACAAGAUCCUCCCCAACGACAGGAUCUCCAUCAUUGGUCUGAAGAGUUUCACCCCUGGAAAGCCCCUGACGGCGGUGAUCAAGCACAGCGACGGCAGGCAGGACAGCGUGCAGCUGAACCACACCUUCAACGAGACGCAGAUCGAGUGGUUCCAGGCCGGCAGCGCCCUCAACCGCAUGAAGCAGCUGCAGCACUGAGGCCCGCGCGCGCCCUGAGAGGAGGACUGGGAGGAAGUCGCCCCCCCCUCUCAGCCCACACCGCCUUCCACGUUUCAGACCGCCGUGCGCCUGGGCGCGCCGUCGCUAGCCUGCGCCGUCCGCGCAUCACGUUCGGCAUCACAACGCAGAAUACCCCUUUUCACACACGCAUACUCGCACACGCAGGACGGACAGCAGCGCCCUGAGGUUAAUGUCACGUUGAGUUAUAGUGUAGGUGGGCACGUGACUGUGGCUCACAGUGGUUUACAUACGGAUGCACAGGGGAGGCAGGUAUCACUGAAAACACAGUCCAGAGCACACUGCACAUAGGCAGCUCUUUCUGGUUUCCAUGUUGCCUGUCUGGUCUCGGUUGCUGUAUUGGACUGUACUGUACCCAGCUCUCUGGUCAGUGAGCCCUUGCACUUGACCCUUCGGUUAACGGUUAACCCCUAGCUCUGCCAUUCUUUCCCCUAAUAGGCACUUGGUGUCUUUUUGCAGUAAUGAUUUCCUCAAUACAAAGAUGGUUAGUCAGGGAGCGCUUGGCUACACAAGCGUCUGAUACAAAGGUUGAACUAACAACCCUGCACAUAACAUUUCAUUACUGAAUUCUACGUAGGUCAAUUGUGUUUUAGAAAGUUCUGUUCUGCCCGAGAAUUAAACAUAUUUUGUUUCUGCGAUGAGCAUCAGCACUAUUGUUCGGUAUGAAAAAUCUUUUUUUUAUGAACUUUUUUGGUUUAGGAGUUGUGUCUAGACCUUUUUAAACAGGCAACAGAUGCCCCUCUUCAUAAUGUUAUGUAUGGUCAUGGUUUGUACAGAAUUUGUACAGGAUCUUACUUCUAUCUUUUUAUACCCCCCACAACGCACGCACACACACCACACACACACACUCCACACACUGAUCCUCCCAUCAAGCACUUCACACACACUGCACUCCACAGUACGCUCCCAACCACUUUUGUAACGGCAGAAAUCUCUGCUACUACAUAGCUGGAUUAAAACAGUUAAUCUAUUUAAAACGUUAAGGGUUAUGCGAUUACUCUAAACAAUCACUGAUGUUCAGUACAAAUGCAGUAAUUCUCACCACUGUGUCUCUGUGAAUAUACAUAAUGGUUGGUUGUAUAGCAUUGUACUUGAAAGAAAGACAUGAUAUGGUAUAAUGUACAUCUACCAGCUUCUGAGUGUUUUGGCUGCAUCUUUACUGUUAACCAAAUAUCUGGACUUUUACUGUUUCAAAUUCAUCCCCUCCGCCAUUGUGCGUUUGGGUGUGCGCGGCGUUUGGCUUUUUACUGUACUCGUUAUGGGAGAAGAGAGAGAAGGCCGCUGUUGAAGAGCCUGAUUAUGUGCUGCCUGUGUCAGUGUGAUGGCACUGUACAUUUCUCCUUUCUCCCUACUCCUCAAAAAGCCUCUAUCUGUCUGUCUGUCUGUGUCUGUUUUACGCUCACGCUUGUAUAUCGAGUAUUCUUUUAACUUUUUAUCCUGCACACAAUCUGUUGUAUAGAAGCGACAAAAUGAAUGCCUGGUGGUACAGAGUAUAUAGGUAUACACAGUAGUGUACAAAAUGCUUUAUUUCUGUAUGUUCUUUAGGCUCUAAUGUGAGUUUGGUUAGUCUGUCCUCCCCCCCUCCCCCUUUUGCCUGCAGUUGUUGAUACGGUGUAUGCGUGUUGCUUUCCUGUAACUUACUGUACAGUAAAAUAUUUAUAGAGCUACUAAAUUCUAAUGUAUUUCUGGUGUUUUUAUCUGGCCGAGCUGGCCGGCGUGUAUAUAAUGGUUUGGAUGCUGUGUUCUCCGGUCUUCCUUUUCCAGGGCUAAUAACCAAUAGAAAGGCACAGUGUGCUAGAACGGAGGCAGACACUCUCCCCUUCCCUGAAGGGCCCAAACUCAGGCAGCAGUGGCCUGUUUUUGUGUGUGUCACAAACAUUUGGUGAUUUGAACUGAGGACCUGCUAAGAUCGGACUAGUGGCAGGUGAAGGUGACGGGUCAGGAGUGUAUAAACUACUCAACUGGUCUCACGUCCUCCUGCUUCUCCGUGCAGAAUACCAUACGACAGAUUUUAUUACUCCAUGUCCAAGACAAGACAAUAUGAGUUGUUUAUUUUGGGGGUUUUUUCCUCCCUCCUGAGAUUUUGGAUAUUAGAGAUUGUGCAGCACAGUUGGAGGAGCCUGGGCCGCCAGUGGUCUUACACUGGGUUUGUUUUGUUGUAGAAACUGGUCAGUGUACACGGUUUCAUAAGAUUGGGCUGAGCCACCACUGCUGUUCAUGGGAGCCAUAUUUUGUUCAGCUGUCACUCAACCUGUGCUCGGUAUUGUAAAUGUGUCACCGGCUUGAUAUAAUAAUAAAUCACUUCUCCAUCAACA